UAUUAUUUUAUGAUUUAAUCCAUAUUUUAGUGUGUUUUCGUGAAAAGUGAUUUGUGAUAAUCAGUGACUGAUAAUUUGACUCCAAAAGUAAUAAACCAUUAUCUCGACUUUUAGAAUACCUUUCUUACGAUCGUCUUUGCAAAAAUGUCAACAAACUCAUCUCAAUCUUCAAAUUCUCCUAAAAAAGGCGAACCACGUGAUCGAAUAAGAGACCGUUUUAACCACAGACGGGACAGAAAGGCAAAGGAUACUGAAAAAACUCUACCUACCGAAAUAGAUCAUGCAAAAUUUAAGACUGUUAUUAAUAAAGUAGAAGAAAGAGUACCCUUACCGUCUUUAUUUACUAAUAUACGUCCACCAGCUCCUAAUGUGGAAAGAAGAGAUUCUUCUAGCUCGUCUUCUGGCGAGUCUCAACCAUUCAGUUCCUAUCCAUCAAUGCGCAGAUGUCAAGAAGGUGAAUUAAGUGCUCUAGUAUGUUAUAUUGAAGGAAAUAUAGCUCUCGCCAAAUUGAAGUUAGCUGAGAAGAAAUCAGCGAAAAAAGCUCGACAACGCCAUAAAAAGGAGGAAGAACGGAUGAUAGCUGAGGAAGAACAGAGACAACGUGAUGAAGAAAAUGAAAUAAAGCAAGCAGAAAAAGAGAAAGAAUUGGCAAGAAGGCAGGCUGAAAUAGAGAAGUCCAAAGCCAAAGCCGAGGCAGCUGCACAGGCUCUUAAAGAACAAAAAAAGAAGUCAAAAAAAGAAAGACAAGCUGAGAAGAAAAGACAGCUUCAACAGCAAAAACUUGAGGAGGAAGAAAAGAAGAAAAUUGUUGAAGAAACCAUACCAGCUAUGGUGACAAUAAAAAGGGUUGCUGAAAGUGAAGGUAAUGCUGCAACAGUUACCAUAACCUUAAAAGGUUCAACUCCUGAAGAAGAUAAACUUCUUGACACACUUCUGUAUGGACCUGAUGAUAAUGGAAACAAAGCUGUAGUAAACCCCCAACCGAACAAAAGUUCUAAAAAGAAAAAGAAACAAAAGCAGCCAAUUCAAGAAUCAAAAUCUCCCGAACAAUCUCCACAAGUUGUUACAAAAGAACCUAAAGUAACAGUAACAUUAAAUGUAAAUAAACAUCAACAAAACAAUGAACCAGCCAGCACCAAACCUGGAAUUAUAAUAACGAACAUAGAUCGACCAAUUUCAGUUAGAAAUACGCAAGUAGCAAAUGCAGAGAAAGAAAAAUGUUCGUCAGCAACAUCUAUCAAGUCAGGUGUUGCUCAAACUGAAAAACUAACUCCCACGAAGCAAGAUAACGAAGGUAUUGAAAGUGAAUAUGUUGGUAAAGGCGCAAAGAAAAAAAAGAAAAAGGAGAAUACAACUAAUAAAAAAACAAAAGAUAUAAAGGCAUCACCGGAGAAAAUGGUAACUUUAAGGAAUCCCAUGUUUUCUUCUGAUCAACAACAAAGUGCUAAACCGUUUCUUGAUAAAAAUGCAGCAGAAAACUCCUCUGCUACAAUUUUUACCAACGAAAAUGGCAUGAUUACAAUAAGAAGCCCUCAUCUGAAACAACAACCUUCAAGUGAAGCUGGAGAUUCGACAAUAAUCCCAAAGCAGACGCCAUUAACAGAGUUCGCAGCAUUAACUAGUUCCGAGAUACAAGACCCACAAUCCGAUACAGCAUGUGCUUUAUACGUUGAAGAAAGACUUUCUCGUUUGACAGGAAUUGAAUUCACUAAGGUCGGUACAAAAAGUGUUAAGCCUAAAUCAAGCGAAUCUGCCGAGGUAUCCAUCAUACCAAUGUCAAGCAACGAAGGUGAAACGUUUAAUUUUGACAAAGAUGAUCGGUUUCUUGAUAGCGUGUUUUUACCGAAGGAAGUCGUGGAAGAUGACUUGGACUCAGAAGAAUCGGAAAUUGAAGCUUUCAAGCGUUUCUGCUCAGAAUCAGUCCCUACGGCACCUAAGGAAAAAGCGGCUCAUUUAAAUGUUACUGAGGUUUUUAAGAAAAAAAAGUGAUUGUUAUUUACUUGUUUAUGAG